AUGCCAACACCGCCAAUAUCGUUCAAUAUUCAAGAUGCAGAAGCCACCAUCCGGGCCGUUAAAGCCACGCAUUCGCAAGCUACCGUAUCACCUAGAGUCUGGAAUUCAAUAGAAACUUCGCAUCCAGCUAUUGAAAAGCCGAUAUGCUCGGAAAAAUACCUUUUCGCUGAUUUUCAUGCCUCAAAAUUUGGAGGUGGGGUCGGGAACUUUAUGUUUGAAUGGAUCUCAUUUAUCGGCAUUGCAAAUGUUUCUAGCAGACACCCAGCCCUUCAUCUUCAAAACAGCAUGGUGGAAAUUAUGUUAAAAUGGCAAAAGUCGUUCCCGAACAUUUUCCUUCCGAUUACCAUUAAAUCGAUGCGCAACGAAGUAACUGUGGACAUCCCGUAUCAAGGCUGUUGCAAAUACACUGACGUGGGACCAAUUUUCUCCAAAGUUGCUGCUGAUGUCAAUGUUUUUGUGCGGCUAGUUUAUAUGCAGAGUUUUUAUUAUUUUCGUCAUCUCGGUCGUGAAGAAGUUCGCCGGCUUGUAGCAUUCCACCCUAACGAUUUUAACCUCGCAAAAACGCAAAUGGUUGCCGCAAAAUUUAAUUUGGAUUCAUCACACAAUGUUUGUGUCCACGUGCGACGGGGUGACUUUGUAAAAUCGACGCUGCAUCAGCAUUCCACAGAGGAAUUCACUACUGCGGCCAUCAGAUUUGGAGUCGAUUACGCCCGACAGAAUACCAAUUUAACCGUGGCUGCCGUACUCCUUGGCAAUGACUUGAGCUGGGAAAAGGACAUUGUAAAAUCGGUUGUCGGCGUGGACUACGCGAUCCACGUUGCUGCUCAGCACAAAGAUUGGGUCCCCCAUAUUGACUGGGUGUUCUCCCAGCUCUAUUGUGAUACUGUAGUUUUGACAGCCGCUUCUUCAACGUACGGCUGGUGGCUGGCAUACUUGGCACGCGGAAGUACGGUGCUGUACAAUGGGCAGUUCUCGAAGAAAGAUGGGGUUGAGAAAGAGCUGGACCCGGUGCAAUUUUGGCCCGAAGAUUGGAGAAGAAUUAGGCAAAACGGGACGGAGAUUUAUCUUGACUUG